AGCAAACCGUUUCGUCUACCAUACGUGCACACACCCUCAGUUUUACUUGCUCAGAGUGUCAUUCGAGUGUCAUUAGCUUCCAAAUCAAGAGUUAAGGCAGACGUAAUAUCAGUACUUGGAAGCCCCAAGGCAAAAUGAAGAAGUUGGUGGUGAAAGUGGAUCUACAUGACGACAGAGACAGGAGCAAGGCCAUGCAAGUAGUUUCUGGUUUUGGAGGGAUUGGGUCUCUGAAUAUGGACAUGAAGGACGGCAAACUGACAGUAUCAGGUGAUUUCGACCCGGUCAAGGUGGUGAACAAACUGAGGAAAUCUUGGCGCACAGAAAUCGUGAGUGUCGGACCGGCUAAGGAAGAUGAUGGCAAGAAAGACGAUGGCAAGAAAGAUGAGGGCAAGAAGAAAGAAGAUCCAGUAAAAGCCUAUGAGGCAUACUAUUUCCCGCCGCUUACAUAUCACUACGUGCCCCAUGAAGAAACCCCGAAUUGUGUCAUAUGUUGAAAUUGUUAGUGCUUCCAGACCAAAUCAGGAUUUGGUCUGUGCACUGGAGAGGAUUGAAUAAGGAAGGUUGAUUAUGCCUUGUGUAAACUAGAACGAGUGGAGUACCCUUUUUAGAAUAUCAAGUUUUUAGUGCGUCUUUCGAUUUUCAAUUGUACAAAGGGUUUCUAUGCAGAGAGAUUGGAUCUCAGUUGAGGAACUCAAAGGCAUGGAAGAGCCAUGAUGUACUUCAUUUCAGCUAGCAGCAGUUGCAGUUAGCUGAUGAGCUUAUCUAGUAUUCCUUUAGCAGCUUCUUGUCAUAAUUUAGCCUCACAAUCUAGUGGAGGGUAUUCUGCUGAAUGAUAAGAUUCUGAAAACGAGUAAGUUCAGAUGCUAAA